AUGUCGCUCCCUCCAGUGACGGUACAGGUCAAGAGAAAGGCCACAGAUGAUCCCGUAGAGUUCCUGCGCAUCCACGAAUCUGGAGGCAGCGGUAAAAGACAACGUCAAGACUCUGAGUACGUCUUCUCAAGACGACCCGCUGAGCAAUCGACCGCAAGCCAGCCCGUUUCUCCAGGCCCGCGCAAGACCAAGCAGCUACAACAGCUACCCCAUUUCUCCAGCUCACCAGCACUCAAAUCACCGGUCGUUGCCCCGAGCUUCCAGGCUCCGCCAGCACAAGAUGUAGUGCAGCCCUCAGCGAAGCCUUCCAACCCUUCCAAUCCUCUUUCUCAAUUACCUGAGCCUGUUACGCAACCGCGCCGAUACCAUAUCUACCGAGACAAUAAGUCUUCGAAAAGUCUUGCCGCGGCGACCGCUAGAGGUCGAAAGCCCAAGGCUGCUGUUUUUGUUGAGCGCCGAAUCCAACCAAAAAGCGCCAAUGGAACUCCUGGCGCGGCCAUACCGACGCAGGAAGCAGCGCUCACGGAACAGAAGGAUAAUGCCCCGGUAUCGGACCAAUCUGCCAUUGAGGAAAACUGCCAUGGGGUAGCGACACGACAAAUCGACCAGCCAGUAUCUCAGAAGAGGCCAGGCAAGAAAGCAAGAACAUCGACAGUUCCCUUCCAGCUCACCGCCACACCUAAACCCUCCCCCGCACCUCUACGAAAUGUAGUCAUGCCAUCCGGACUAACGAUGCCAUGGGACGUCACCUCUGAUCGACUGGUAGCAGAGAUGCAAGCCUACACUCUACAAGAAAUUGGCAAGAACUUAGCUGAAGCCGAGGCGGCGAGACCCAAGCCUGUUUCACGAGGCCCAAGAACUCCGAGUAAAUUUAAACCCAAGAAGCCCGCCAAGAGAUAUUCGGAGAGACACCCGGAAUCGAUUGUCGAUACGGCGAUGGAUGUCGACGAGGAAUAUGUGGAUGUGGACAUGGAUGAUGACGCGGAGUAUAUCAUUGAUACCUACGUUCGCGUCCCUGCUGAAGCUAUGGAGAGUGGCAAAAGUAUUGGUCUACUGAUUCUCGAAUCUCAACCGGAUAUCGAAGAUUUUUACGGAGGAGAAGAUGACAGUAGCGAGGAGGAGGACGAUGGUGACGAGGAUGAGAAUGCGGAGAACCACUACACCGCCGACUACCCCGACGAGGAAGUAGACUCCGACGAUGAGUACGGCCGUAACGCCUACAACUAUCGUACCCAUAACGCCUCGGACCUAGAAGAAUACGACGAAGAUGACGCAAUGUUCAGCGACGAUGAGAACGAGGCUACGAAGUACCCCUGGAUGAAGAAACAGCAGCCGUGGCUUAAAAAAGCUGCAACACAUGACCAUCAUGAUGAUGAUGAUGAUGAUGAUGAUGAAUAG